AACAUGAGCGGAAAGUAAGCCGUGUACCGCGAGAAUGGUGCGUAGUUUGGCGUUUCUCUUCGCUUUUGGUUGUGUGUGUUUGUGUGAACCUGCAGCCCAGCAGGCAGGGUCGAGCUGCGGCUGUGACAAGCUGAGCAGAGCAGCUACUGAGCGGCCGGCGGAGGAGGAGACGGAGGCAGCAGCCCACAAAUACUCCCAAGGCGCCAAUGAGAGACUGUAUGAGGCACGGGGGAAUGGGAAGACAAUUCAAAGUCAGAUGGUGCUGAUUCCUGGAGGAGAGUUCCUGAUGGGAACAGACGACCCAGGCAUUCCUGCUGAUGGUGAGGGCCCUCAGAGACUGGUGUAUGUGGACUCCUUCUACAUGGACAUCCAUGAAGUCACUAACAGACACUUUCAGAACUUUGUUGAGGCCAGUGAAUACAAAACUCAGGCAGAGAUAUUUAAAGACUCGUUUGUAUUCGAGGGACUUUUGAGUGACAGUGUCAAAGACCAAAUUGCCCAAGCAGUUGCUGCUGCCCCCUGGUGGCUACCAGUCAAAGGAGCUGACUGGAAGCACCCAGAAGGUCCAGACUCAACUUCAGCUGACAGGCUGGACCAUCCUGUGGUCCAUGUGUCCUGGGAGGAUGCUGUUGCCUACUGCUCCUGGGCCAACAAGAGGCUUCCCACAGAGGCAGAGUGGGAGUACGCCUGCAGGGGCGGCCUCAAAGACAGACUAUACCCCUGGGGAAACAAGUUGUACCCGAAAGGAGAACACUAUGCCAACCUCUGGCAGGGAGAUUUCCCCAACAACAACUCUGGGGAUGAUGGAUACAACAAAACCUCACCGGUGAUGUCCUUUCCUGCUAAUAGUUUUGGUCUCUAUGACAUGGUGGGUAACGUGUGGGAAUGGACCUCAGACUGGUGGACUGUGAUUCAUACCACUGACCACCAACAAAACCCAACUGGUCCUCCAUCAGGCACAGACAAGGUGAAGAAGGGAGGAUCAUACAUGUGUCACAAGUCUUACUGUUACAGAUACAGGUGUGCAGCCCGAAGCCAAAACACUCCGGACAGCUCUGCCUCUAAUCUUGGUUUCCGUUGUGUCUCUAAGGAACAACAGUGACCUCAGCUGUGUGUCCGAAACACUGUGUCCUUUAUUUAAGCUUAUCUCUGGCCUCAAUGUUGGAUGUGGAGUAAAAAAAAAAAAAGUGUGAAAGUGGAUUCCUAAAUGCCAUCUCAUUAAUGUGCAGUUGAAGAUGAGAACGACAGAGGACUGGCCUGAGGUGUAAAGAAUGUCUUACAUUCUAGCAGAUCAUCUCAGAAGAAGGGAUUUUAUAAUGGUAUUAUUUUUGUAUUUUUUUAAAGGAACAAACAGAAGACAUAAAACAUGUUUUUUUUAAUAAAACAAUUGUAUUGAUUAUCAGCAAGGACUUGCUGAGAUUUAGACUGAAAGUCCAUGAGAACUUUUUUUCAUUUACUGUGGGAUUUCUGUUGUCCAAAAAGAAACACUUUUUUAUUGAGCCUUGAGUCUUGAAUAACAAGACAAAUGUGGCUCUUUUUGGCAUAAUAUGACUCAGAAUGGUAAUUUUUGCACUUGUAUGGGAGACUUUAAGUUUAUUAAAAGUAAUGCCUUACCUCACC